AUGGACACCACUACCGAAGACAAGAUUGUCCGUAAUGCCGGCGCCAAUGAGGCCAACGACGAUGAGCCUUACAAACCGGACGCAGAGCUCCCUGACUUGGACGCACAGCGCGGUGUUCAAGAUGUAGAGGCUGUAACUUUGAGCUGGUCGAGAAAUGCUCUUAUUGCAGUUUUUAUGAACAUCUGGUUAUUAUACUUCGUCAAUGCGUUUCAGUCCUCGAUCCUCUCCAAUUUGCUACCAUAUGUAACGAGCGAUUUCGAGACGCAUUCACUUCUGAAUGUCAUUUAUAUCGUCGCAGAUGCUGUCACAGCAGCAUGCUACAUUCCUCUGUCCAAGAUUCUCGAUGUCUGGGGCCGUGCUGAAGGCUUUCUCAUUAUGACAUGCUCUGCUACGCUUGGCUUGGUCCUUAUGGCAGUGUGUAGGGAUCUCCCAACAUUCUGCGCCGCAUACGUCUUCUACAGCCUUGGUUUCGGAGGCAUGACAUACUGUGUGGAUGUUAUCACAGCCGAUUCGUCGAAAUUGAAGAACCGAGGCUUGGCAUAUGCUUUCACCUCUUCUCCAUAUAUCAUCACGGCUUUCGCAGGCGCCAAGGCCUCGGAAGGCUUCUACUAUAACAUCAGCUGGCGAUGGGGGUUCGGCGCCUUUUCUAUCAUCUUCCCAGUUGUUGCUGCUCCGCUGUACUUCAUCCUUAAGUCCAAUCUCAAGAAAGCUGAGAAGCAAGGUACGCUCGUUAGAGAGAAGAGCAACCGGACAAUACUUCAGAGUGUUUGGUACUACACUGUACAAUUUGAUGCACUUGGAGUUAUACUCUUCUCGAUUGGCCUCGUUGUUUUCCUGCUUCCGUUCAGCAUCGCCGACGCCGCACCUUACGGCUGGUCAACUGGUUAUAUCAUUGCUAUGAUUGUGAUCGGGUUCUGCAUGCUCUUUGUUUUCCUCCUCUGGGAGAAUUUCUUUGCCCCCGUGCCACUGCUGAACUUCGAACUUCUGAAAAAUCGGACUGUAAUUGGCGCAUGUCUGCUUGACGCAACGUAUCAAAUCUCAUACUACUGCUGGGCCAACUACUACACGUCAUUUUUGCAAGUGGUCAACGACCUGACUUUGGCUGAAGCUGGAUACGUCAGCAACACUUUCGAUGUAGUUUCUGGGUUUCUACUGUUGCUUGUCGGCUACCUGAUUCGCAGAACAGGCCGCUUCAAGUGGCUUUUGUACAUCGCAGUGCCGCUUUACAUCUUCGCACAGGGUCUGAUGAUCUAUUUCCGACGCCCCAACCAGUCGGUCGGCUACCUGGUCAUGUGUCAAGUCUUCAUCUCUAUUGGUGGAAGUAUUUUUAUUAUAAUCGAACAGCUCUCCAUACUUGCUGCUGUCGAUCAUCAGCACGUCGCUGCCGUUCUCGCUCUGCUCAAUGUUGUCGGUACUGUAGGCGACGCUAUGGGUGCUACCAUCUCCGGUGCAAUCUGGACGAAUACGUUCCCCGACGCCCUUGGUUGGUACCUACCCGAGGCGGAUCUACCUGAUCUAGACACGAUCUACGAGGAUCUUGACACACAGCUGAGCUACGCUGUUGGAAGCGACGCAAGAUUGGCAAUCCAGGCCGCGUACGGAUACUCUCAGACCAGAAUGCUUGCUGCUGGCGUAGGUGUUAUGAGUUUGGCCCUCAUUUGGAUGCUCCUAAUUAGGAACAUCGACCUGAGAAAGGUGGCCCAAGUCAAGGGCAUGGUCUUCUAG